UUGCUUCUUCUUCUCCCUCCUCCUCCUCCUCCUUCCUUUUCUUCAUUCACCGUUUUCUGUUGCUGCCUCCUGUAUUAUAGCUUCUUGCGUAUAUAAGAGCGUUUGGAGUGCUGAGAUCAUCGAUCAUCUAUCAAUUGCAAGUUUGGUUCGCUCUUAUUCUCUACUGCGUCAUUGGCAAGGUACGACUACGACAUUUGAGAAGGUACGACGCGACUGCCAUUGUGAUAGCAUAGCACUGCAUUGAAUUUCUCACAACUCAAUCGCGACGGCCACCACAAAACACACGCCAGAAAAAACGACAAGAACAGUCAAAAUGGCUUCUCUCACCGAAGGAAAAAGCAACCUCUCUUUCAUCCUCAACUCCACCCUCAAUGUCUCCUAUGAAGAGCGCCCAAUCCCCACCCUCACCGACCUCCGCUCCGUCCUCGUCGCCAUCGCCUUCACCGGCAUCUGCGGCUCCGACGUGCACUACUGGCAACAUGGUUCCAUCGGCCCCUUCGUCCUCAAAUCCCCCAUGUGUCUCGGCCACGAAUCCUCCGGCACAAUCGCCGCCGUCGGCCCCGCCGUCACCACCCUCAAGCUCGGCGACCGCGUGGCUAUCGAGCCCGGAACCCCCUGCCGCCACUGCGAGCCCUGCCUGAGCGGCCACUACAACCUCUGCCCCGAUAUGCGCUUCGCCGCCACCCCGCCCUACGACGGAACCCUCACCGGCUUCUACGCCGCACCUGAGGACUUCUGCUACAAGCUCCCCGACCAAGUCUCCCUCCAGGAAGGCGCCCUCGUUGAGCCCCUCGCCGUCGCAGUCCACAUCACAAAGCAAGCCCAGAUCUCCCCCGGCGCCUCCGUCGUCGUCAUGGGCGCCGGCCCCGUCGGCCUCCUCUGCUGUGCCGUUGCGAAGGCUUCCGGUGCUACUAAAGUCGUCAGCGUGGAUAUCCAGCAGGACCGUCUCGAUUUCGCAAAGAACUACGCAUCGACGCAUACGUUCAUGCCUGAGCGCGUUGCUGCUGAGGUGAACGCCGAGAACCUCAUUAAGUCUGCUGAUCUCGGUGAGGGAGCUGAUGCAGUCAUCGAUGCUAGUGGCGCUGAGCCGAGUAUCCAGACUAGCAUCCACGUUGUACGCCGUGGGGGCGUGUACGUCCAGGCAGGGAUGGGGAAGCCAGAUAUUACGUUCCCUAUCAUGGCUUUGUGCACUAAGGAGAUUACAAUGAGGGGAAGCUUCCGUUAUGGCAGCGGAGACUACAAGUUGGCUGUGCAGCUGGUGGCGGGAGGUUCGCUGGAGGUUAAGAGCUUGGUGAGCAGGGAGGUGCCGUUUAAGGAUGCGGAGCAGGCGUUUGAGGAUGUGCUUAAGGGAAGGGGGACUAAGGUGCUGAUUAGGGGGCCCAAUCACGAGGGGGAUGUGCAGGCGGAGGCGAAGGGAGAGGAGAAGAAGGAGGUCGAGGCACCUGCCGUUGCUGUUGCCGAGAAGGAGGCAGUGGCUGAGAAACCAGAGGAGACUGCUGCUGCACCUGAGGCCGAGGCUGCUGCACCCGUUGAGGAGACCACCAAAUCCGUCGCCACUGAGACCGAGCCAGUCGUCGAAUCCGAAAAGGCUGAUGAGGCCACCGAGAACUCCGAGCCAGUCGUCGAUGCAACAAAGGCUGAUGAGGCCACUGAGGCGGCCGCUGCUCCUGCAGCUGAGGAGUCCGCACCAGCUGCCGUCGAGGAGAAGACUGAGGAGGCGCCAGUGACCGAGGAGAAGACUGAGGAGGCGCUAGUGACCGAGGAGCCCGCUCCAGUAUCCACUGAGGCACCUGCGGAUGCUGAAGCAGCCAAGCCAGCGGAGACUUCUGAGCCAGCGGCGCCAGUAGAGAUCCCGGAGCACACUUCGGUGCUGGAUACCAUUCGUAAGAUUGAGGAGACAGCGAAGAAGACGGAUACGCUUGGUUAAGUGGGUUGUUGGGGGGUGUAGUGUAGUGUGGUAGUUAGUGUAGUGUGGUAGUUAGUGUUUUAGCGUAGGGGGUGUUAUUUUAUGUUUAGGAUAAUGUAUGGAGUGUGAAAUGAUAAAAUUGAG